UGGGAUUUUGAGCAUUGUGGAGAUGCGUUGAGCUGAUUCGUUUAUCCGCCUCCUGAAAAGGCCAGCAUUGGAAAGUGUCCUCUAUUGCGAUCCCAUCCGAUCCGAUCGUCCCUUUUUACAAUCCAAAACCAGGAAAGAGUCAAUUGACGACUGGUACUGGGUAACCCACUCCCCCAAGCCAAAUCCAUCCUUUCCGUAGGGCGUAGGCGUAUCCCCUCUCUCUCUCUCUCUCUCUCUCUCUCUCUUCUACACUCCCUUCCGGAGAAAGAGAGAGAGGAAACCACAGAAAGAGUUCACCCAAAUUCCCAUAAAAAACAAUUCCCUUUUGUAAUCAGACCCAGAAGAAAAAAAACACUUAUAGUACUUUCCUAGCUUUGACGUGCAGUCUUCUUUCUCCUCCAAUUCCUUCCUUCUCUCUCUCUCUCUCUCUCUCUCUCUCUCUCUCUCUCUCCAUCUUCUAAGCUUUUUAAUUCCUCCUUUCACCAAUAUAUACAAAGAUAGAUAUAGAUACGUACAGACACAUAAAAUAUCUCAAUUUGUCGACACAUCCAGAGAGGAGAGACUUGACCAUCCUCCAAUGGAAGCUUCAACGUCGUCUUCCUCACCCCUCUUCGUUCACUCUCUCUCACUCCCCCGUCACACCCGUCUCUCCGCCCAAUUCGCCCCCGCCAUCGACUGCCGCCACAAAUCCCUCACUUUCCCAAACCCUAGCCAUAACCUCUCCAGCUCAAAACCUUACACUUCUAGUGCCUUCUUCAGAAUCUCAACGUCGCCGUUUCCUUCUUUACAAUCCCGUAGAAAACGAUCUCCUCUACCCAUCACGGCCGCCUUCGAGAAAUUCACGGAGAGGGCUAUCAAGUCCGUCGUGUUCUCUCAGAGGGAAGCCAUGGCCCUAGGUAAAGGCAUGGUGUUCCCGCAGCACUUGUUGCUGGGUCUGAUUGCCGAAAGCGGUGGUGAUCCCGACGGGUUCCUGGAUUCCGGCAUUGACAUCGAGAUUGCUCGAGAGGCGGUUCGGAGUAUUUGGAAGGUUGAGGAGCAGAGUGAUGAUGGUGAUAGCGAUCAUCAGGGUUCGGGGGAUUCGAAGAAAGCGUCUGAUUUGCCAUUUUCGAUUAGCACGAAGCGGGUUUUUGAGGCCGCGGUGGAGUAUUCCAGGACUAUGGGGUAUAAUUUCAUUGCGCCCGAGCAUAUUUCUGUUGGCUUGUUCACGGUUGACGACGGCAGUGCUGGUCGUGUUCUCAGGAGAUUAGGGGCAAAUAUGAAUCAGUUGGCAGCUGUGGCAGUCACGAGACUUCAAGGAGAGCUGGCCAAAGAUGGUAGAGAAUCACCUGCUGCACCAAAAGGGGCACGAGAAAAAUUAAACACCUUAAAAGACACUAUUGUUAGAUUCCGUGGGAAGCCAAAAGAUAAAAGUGCUUUGGCUCGAUUCUGCGUGGAUCUUACUGCUCGUGCUGUUGAUGGACUCAUUGAUCCAAUUAUUGGCCGAGACACUGAAGUUCAGAGAAUCAUUCAGAUUCUUUGCCGACGGACAAAAAAUAACCCUAUUCUUCUUGGGGAAGCAGGAGUUGGGAAAACAGCUAUUGCUGAAGGCCUGGCAAUUAAUAUUGCGCAGAGAAAUAUUCCGGUUUUCCUGUUGACAAAGCGCAUCAUGUCCUUAGAUAUUGGUCUAUUGAUCGCAGGCGCAAAGGAGAGGGGAGAGCUAGAAGCGCGUGUUACUAAGUUAAUUAAGGACGUAAAGAAGUCAGGCAAUGUCAUUCUUUUUAUUGAUGAAGUCCACACACUUAUUGGUUCGGGCACUGUUGGACGAGGAAACAAGGGGCUUGACAUCGCAAAUCUACUGAAGCCGUCUCUUGGGAGGGGUGAAUUACAGUGUAUUGCGUCAACAACUACAGAUGAAUACAGGAUGUAUUUUGAUAAGGAUAAAGCAUUAGCUCGAAGAUUCCAGCCUGUGAUGAUUAAUGAACCAAGUCAGGACGAUGCAGUUAGGAUACUGUUGGGUUUGCGUGAAAAAUAUGAGGCCCACCACAAAUGUAAAUAUACAUUGGAGGCUUUGAAUGCUGCUGUUCACCUUUCGGCAAGGUAUAUUCCUGAUCGGCAUCUUCCUGACAAGGCUAUUGAUCUCAUUGAUGAGGCUGGGAGUAAAUCUCGUAUGGAAUCCUCUAAGAGGAGAAAGGAACAACAAACUUGUAUACUUUCAAAGUCACCGGACGAUUACUGGCAAGAGAUCAGAACUGUUCAGGCCAUGCAUGAAGCGGCCCUUGCCAGUAUACUGAAUGAAGAUGAUGGUGCUUCUAGCAUUGAAGAUGAUCGCAAACUUUCAGAUAAAUGUUUACCUAACAAUGAUAAACCUAUGGUUAUUGGACCUGAUGAAAUAGCAGUGGUUGCUGCACUUUGGUCGGGUAUUCCAGUUCAGAAGCUUACAGCCGAUGAAAGAAUGCUUCUGGUGGGUCUUGAUGAGCUGCUUAAGAAACGGGUUGUUGGCCAAGAUGAAGCAGUUUCUGCAAUCUGUCGAGCUGUUAGGAGAUCCAGGGUUGGCCUCAAGGACCCUAAGAGGCCAAUUGCGACAAUGCUGUUCUGUGGCCCUACUGGGGUUGGCAAAACCGAAUUGACAAAAGCUUUGGCAGCUUGCUACUUUGGUUCAGAGGCUGCCAUGCUAAGAUUGGACAUGAGUGAGUAUAUGGAGCGGCAUAGCGUUAGCAAGUUGAUAGGCUCACCACCUGGUUAUGAAGGCUAUGGAGAAGGAGGAACUCUUACAGAAGCUAUCAGAAAACGACCUUUCACAGUGUUACUGCUUGAUGAAAUAGAAAAAGCCCAUCCAAAUAUAUUCAAUAUUCUUCUCCAAAUACUUGAAGAUGGCCACCUGACAGAUUCUCAGGGUCGAAGAGUAUCAUUUAAGAAUGCAUUGAUCGUGAUGACUUCGAAUGUGGGCUCCACUGCGAUUGCAAAGGGCAGACGCAAGCGCAUCGGUUUCUCUGUUGGAGAUGAUGGCGGCGAGUCUACUUCGAAUGCUGGAUUGAAAUCACUGGUAAUGGAAGAACUUAAGGGGUACUUCCGACCAGAGUUGCUGAACAGGAUUGAUGAAGUAGUUGUAUUCCAUGCCUUAGAGAAAGCUCAGAUGCUCGAAAUAUUAAAUAUGAUGCUGCUCGAGGUGAGGGGAAGGCUUGUAUCUUUGGGAAUUGGCCUGGAGGUGUCUGAAGCAGUAAUGGACUUCAUAUGCAAGCAAGGUUAUGACCGUAGUUAUGGUGCCCGGCCUCUUAGGAGAGCAGUUACCCGCUUGGUUGAAGAUCCUUUGAGUGACGCAUUUCAUUCUGGCCUUCUCAAGGCUGGUAACACUGCCAUCAUUGAUUUGGAUGAUUCGGGAAAACCAGUUGUCCACAAUCAAUCAAGUCAGAAUAUUGAAUUGUCGGAUACCUUCUUGUAGGCUUCUUACGAUGACCAUUGAAUUGUCAGAUACCUUCUGACCUUCAGUUGUAUUUAAUCCUGUGCAUCCAAUAAAUUUUGCCCUGUAUAGCAUUCGCACUUAACUCACUCCUGUAUAGAGAACAAGAGCUGUAAUUCUUUCUUUGGAUCAUUGAUGACCAUUUUGGUCCGGUAAAUCAGAAUGUAAGUUACUUUA